AUUUGUUGUUCGUAAAACAGCCAUCAAUCUUUUGAAUAUGACUACCCAGGAGAAUGAUACUUCGGAGUGUAUUGGAGACGAUCGUGCAACUGAUGAUGACGUGAAGCGUGUAAUUGAGGAUUCGCCGGAUGAACAUAGUUCAGUGAAAGCAGAACAUUGUGAGGAAGCAACGAAUGAGCGUUCGAUGUCUCCGCUACAUGACAAUAAAGAAAAUGCAAUUAAGUCAGGGGAUGAGGAUUUGACAGAUAACGCAAAUGAAGGACGUAUAGCACAUGAACGUGAAGAAGAUUGCGUUGAUACGAUUCCUCCAUAUGAUGAAGUUACAUUGAAUGCACUCACCCUGGGGUGCCUUUCGCACUUCCUCCCGGAUGUACAAAAAGCGAAGUCAAUUCUACAUGAGCUGACUGAGAACCAACGAACGCUCCUGCUAUCCAUCACGCAAGAGAACAAACGUUGCCAAGACUGCGAUUCUAUGACUGAGCUCACCGUGAUCAUGGCAAAGUGUAAGCAAUAUCACUCGAAGUUGAUUAACAUAAAGAAGGACAUGUUGAUGUUGAUAGAGAAGUCUAUUAAGUUAAAGAAGCGCUCUAUAAGGCUACAACAACAAAAGCAAAAAGACGCCUUGCAACGGGAGCACCAGAGGGAGAAAGAACUGGAGAGGGAGCGACAGCUUAUUGCAAAGCCAGCCAAGAAACAUGCAUCUGCCAUCAUGUAACAUAAGUUAAGCUGGUUAAGGCAAAAUGCUAAAAAAUCACAUGGUCAUAAAACACUUUGUUGAACUUUAUGAUGAGCCUUUGGAGUUCGUUAGAUAAAUAAUAGAUAUUUGAGCUCAAAUGGAUUUUCAUUUGAAACAAAACUUCGUAUAGUAUAAAGUUGACUAUUAUUGUUUUCGACAGGUCUUAUGCAAUGAUUAAUUGGCAUUGAUUCGCAUUGCCCUGAAAUCAUCAUGAUUCUUUUUCCGCCUGUACAUCCCAAGCCAGCAACCAGCCAGGCCAGAGUCUUGACUCUGGACCUCUGUGUUCACAGUAUGGGGAUGGAGUUCGGAGAGUGAGAUGUCUUUAAUGACACACAUUUAAAAAUCAUUCUGUCUAGUUCAAAGUUCCAAAAAUGGCAUCAAAUGACAUCAACUUAUCUAAUUUUACUUCACAUUGUUUCGUGUUUUCAGCAACCCUGUACUAAACCUCUGUCUGAAUGCAGUGUUCAAUUUCUGAUGAUGACUUGAAUUGGAAUCGAUAAAAACCGGAUAAUCAGUAAUACUUUGCAG